AAAGUGAAAAUAUACGAGUUAGAAGAUGAAUUUACACAGAGAUUAUUAGGUAAUGUUGCACCUAUUAAUUAUAAUAUUAAAGAAACAAAAGUAAAGGUAUUUGAAAAGAAUGUUGAAGAUAAGAUGGCUAAAUAUUCAUUUGCUGAAAUUGGUAGUAAAUAUGAAGGAGGAUUAGUAUUAGAGCCAAAUGAAUUUGAUAUUACGGAUCUUGAUAAACUUUUGAAUGAAUUUUUAGAAAUAUUAAAGAUGCCAAUUAAAGAUUUGAUCACAUAUCUUGAUACAUUAGAUAAUAAUAUUAAACUAACAUUUGACGAGCAAAAUUUAUUAGUAUAUUAUGAAUUAAAAAAUCAAUUUGAAACAGAAGUAAAAGAUGAAACAUAUCGUCGUAUAGGUAUUAAUAAUCCAGAUAUAGUUAAUUUAACAGAGUUUGAUAAUGUAAAGGAAGAAGUUGAAGAUACUAUUACAAGUUCUGCAUAUAUUAUUUUCUCUUUUACUUCUGAUGAAGAGUCAAAAAAAUAUCAAGAAUCAGAUAAUUUUAAGUAUAUUAUUAAUCGUGAAGCUAUGCGACAAUAUCGUGAUUGGAUAAAACCUGAAUUAGAAGAAUUCAAUAUUUGUUUUGAUAUUUGGUAUCAGAUUUUUUCUUAUCUAACUUUUAUUGAACAAGCAAAAUUGAGAAUAACAUGUAAAUUAUUUAAUGUUGUAUGUUCAUCUUAUGAUAUAAAUGAAGAAAUACAUGGAUUUUAUGAAUUUGUAAAAGAAUCGAAAGUGUUAAUUUACAGAUUCAAACUCACUAAAGAUAAAAAAUAUAUAUGGAUAAAAAAUGGAGACAGGAUGGAUAAAAGAGAAUUAUUCAGAAACAAAGAAGUAAAUUAUUGUUGUGGAGGUGUUAAUCAAAUUUCAAUUUUGAAUAUAUGUGAUCUCGAUAAAGUUGAAGAAUUACAUAUGAAAUAUUGUGAUUAUUGUACUGAUUUAAAUUAUUGUUGUC